GUGUCGGGCCUCCAAGACAAUUUGAAUUUCUCUCUCCAACUUCUCACGCUCUUAUUACACAACAACAGAAACAGAUUCAAAAUCUGGCAUCGACAGCAACUGCUAUUGGUGUGCAGACAACCAGGAUAUUAACGGUUGUUGAGCAGAACAAUACUAUGUCUCCCUCGUCACAGGCUAUGGUGCAUCAGAGGACUGCUCAAGGGGAAUCUGGUAUACGCCCAAUGCUGGUAGAACCUCGAACACUGAGUCAUCUUUGUAACCAACAAACCCUCAUAAAUAAUUCAUGGAGGGGACCGCGCUCCCUACAAAUCAGCUCUUCAAAGUUAACCGAGAAGUAUUGCACCUGCAACAGAAAGCCUAGAUAUUUCCCAACCUCUUAUUUUUCCGUAUCCGCCGGACAUAAAGCAAGCUGUCCGCUAUAUGUGAAUGGCCAUCAAACAAUUGGCAUUUCAGCAAGAUAUACAUUUUGCAAUCGACUGAUAGGCAUGUCGGUUCAUGUCAUGAUGACUUUGACUAGGGGCGCAGGAGCUUUAGCAAUCAGCCCAGCGCUUCAGUUCCAUUCUGUCGUUCCCGACGACUCCCCGGCAUUCAGCUUGCUGCGUAAUUUGGACAGCGCUAAGAGUUGUCCGGAUUCCCUCCGGAUACUAGAGUCUAUACAAUGGAAUAUUCUGGAGAUGUUUCAUAACCGCAAAGCAGCACCAACUGAUCGCCUCGCUGACGGCAGUACGCUACUACAUGUAUUGCUACGUUCCGGUUCAUGUCUGCCAGAUUCAGACUACCUUUAUGUGCUGCGGGACUUUGGAUAUUCACUAAUUGAGGCCGGGGUGCCUGUGGCAGAAAAAACACUCAACGGCGACUCAGCAGCUGAUGAAAUUCUCUCAAAGAUAUCCCUUCUGCGUCCGAAGGGAUGGAUGCCAAAUCCUGCCGGCCAGUUGCUACAGAGGCUGUUCAUGUCUGGGAGUGAACUAAGAUCACUCACCGAGGUACCUAAUCAUUAUUAUCAUUAUAUCCCUGUUAGUGGUCUUACUGCGUUUUGGUACAGUAAAGCAACCAUUGUACGAAGUCUGUGUCUCCAGAAUAUGCUCGGGGAUAUCGAACUUUCUCCACUUGAGAUGGCGAUUGUAACAAAGUCAGAGGCAAGUCUUCGAGAGUGUCUGCCGCGAACAAACAUUAGGAUUUCUACUUCAACGCCGUACAUUCCAGAGUUUGGUACACUUUUAGCUUUGUGCUUAGGAUGGAUUCCCGGCAUGCUACUUGUUUUCGAAUCUCUGGCUCCAGACGCCCAGUCAAUAUCGCAUUGUUUUGCUAUCGCGUGUGUACGUGGUGACGUUGACUGCGCAUUGUUAUUACUUGGACAUAACCCGGAUAUAACACUGGGCGCAUUACAGUGUGCCGUUUUCUGCGGUGAUACGGCUGUUCUGAAGACCGCAAUUUCCAUUUUGGCCGCGCAACGCCUCGAGCUCCAGGAGAUGGCACUCCACCAGCUGCCAGCUGAACAUAUUAGGACAUUGGAACUACCAAAAGGUGGCCUACCAGACACCACGGCUUUCGCUGUUCAUCACGCCCUUGUACAAUAUGAAAUUAAGAUGUUACCCUGUGGGUGCCCAGGUCAGAGUUCUGUAUAUAGUGCCAUCGGAGAAGACCUGGCUGCAGCCGAGCUCCUGUACACAGCUGGGUUCACUGAUCUGAACCAACGUGGUGAGGUCGGAAAUACCGCGAUUACAGACAUGAGCUCGUAUUGUGAGUCGUUGAUCUCAUUCAUAACCAUGGCCGACUGGAUGAUCUGCAGAGGUGCAGACCUUUACAUCCCCUCGCGACAUGGGUAUCUUGCAAUAUUUUACGUUGCCAGCGAAUUGGGAACUCAGCUUUAUAGGGCCAGCCGUAAAUGCCACAGUAAAGCCUGUCGCCAUGAUCUGACGUCGUCGUGUGAGCUAGAGACCAUUUUAUCAACACAUGUUGCUGGGGCGAGGCUUCUUUCCACGAUGCUCUCAGAUGAUACCAGGGACGACUGUCUCUGCGCAUGCUCAGGGCGUGGGUGCUCACCAUUGACCCAAUUACUUAAAGCAUAUUACCGUCCAAAUCGCUUAUGGGUGAUUGGUCACCUUCAAGAAAUAGUAUACAGCACAUCAAACACGCACUCCUGGAAUACCACAGUUUCCGCCAUUGUUCGUUAUCUUACCUUUGAGGCUCUGGAAAUCACCCAUACGUGUCAUUCUGCGUCUGUAUUUGGAGUGAGACAUCCAGAUCCAGAAGAAUGUCGCGAGAUCCGCGAGGAAGAAUCCACGAUGAUAGUGCAACUCGAUGAGCUGAUGGUGGAGUUUGACCAAAAAUACGAUGAACUUGGCGUCGGCAUUAGAAAAUUUCUGGAGGGCUAUUGGCACACUCGUAUGGGCGAGGUUCUUCAAGGGCACGAUAUUGAUCCCGACGAAGCCAUGAAGCUGAGGGAAAUUGGAGUUGUUUUAGAUGAUGUUUCCUCAGAUGAUGGAUAGUGUCAAGGUUGGCAGCUGGGUAUAGAUCUCAUAGUAUUGUGCGAGGCGUUAGCUCGACCUGGACCAGCUUGCUGCCUUGUGAAAAUCGCAAAUCUUAACAUUACCAAUCAAAGAUGAAUUAAUAGUGCAAUGUUUAUAGAAAUAGACCAUAGAUCAUCCAGGCACAGUCAGAUCUGUUGGAUACAGCCGAAGUCCGGAGGUGCUGGCCAAGUCCGGUCGGAUCCGAGCUCUUCUCCGGAUAUUGAUCAGGUAUACAAGUAUAAGUAUGCAAGUAUAUAAGUAUAGCAAGUAUCGAUAGUCUUCAUUUCAGUCAGACG